AUGGCGCUCACGUCCAUGCUCCCGUUCGCGCCCUCGAACACCUCGCUAUCCUACUCCUCCCGCGCCUCAACCGCCGCCGCGUUCGCUCCUCGUGGGGUCCACUUCGCCGCGGACGGAAGGAGCGGCGGCGGUGGCGGCCAACCGCUCGCGUGCGCUGCGCCUCGCCGCCGCGGACGGGCUCCGAGGCGGCGCCGCGGAGGGGGCCUGGUGGUCUGGGCGUCGGCCGAUUACUACGCGACGCUGGGCGUGCCACGCGCCGCGAGUAACAAGGACAUCAAGGCCGCGUACCGGAAGCUCGCGCGCCAGUACCAUCCUGAUGUCAAUAAGGAGCCUGGAGCGACAGAAAAGUUUAAAGAGAUAAGUGCAGCAUAUGAGGUGCUGUCAGAUGAAAAGAAGAGGGCGUUGUAUGACCAAUAUGGUGAAGCUGGGGUUAAGAGUGCAGUUGGAGGCCCGGGUGGAGCUUACACAACCAAUCCAUUUGAUCUGUUUGAGACAUUCUUUGGAGCAAGCAUGGGUGUUUUUUCUGGCAUGGGCCAGAGCUCGUUUAGGACAAGCAGGCGAAACACUGCUGUUCAGGGUGAAGACAUCAGAUAUGAUGUGAUUCUGGGGUUCACAGAGGCGAUAUUUGGAACAGAGAAAGAUAUUAUAUUAUCUCAUUUGGAAACAUGCGAUACAUGUGGUGGUUCUGGAUCAAAGGAUGGUUCCAAGAUGAGAAUAUGUUCCACAUGUGGUGGGAGAGGGCAAGUAAUGCGAACUGAGCAAACACCAUUUGGUCUGUUCUCUCAGGUUUCUAUUUGCCCCACUUGCGCAGGAGAGGGCGAAGUCAUUUCAGAGUAUUGCAGGAAAUGUUCCGGAGAGGGGCGUAUCCGUGUCAGAAAGGAGAUCAAAGUUAAAAUCCCUCCAGGAGUCAGCAAAGGCAGUACUCUUCGUGUACGUGGGGAAGGUGAUGCAGGACCAAAAGGUGUGCCUCCUGGAGAUCUCUUUGUUUGCCUUGAUAUAGAGGAACCAUCAGAUAUCAGGAGGGAUGGUAUAAACUUGUAUUCAACUGUGUCAAUAAGCUAUCUUGAAGCUAUUUUGGGCACCAUUAAGGGGGUCAGAACUGUUGAUGGAACCAGUGGCCUUCGAAUACCUCCAGGUACCCAACCUGGUGAUGUAAUUGUCUUAGCGAAGCAAGGAGUUCCAUCAUUGAAUAAGCCGUCUAUACGUGGUGAUCAUCUGUUCACUGUUAAAGUUACAAUACCCAAGCGCAUAAGUCGGCGUGAAAGGGAAUUACUUGAGGAACUUGCAUCUUUGAGUAAUGGUGGCUUUGCUCGAACAGACGCCAAGCCAAAACCUGCCCAGCCAAAACGCGUACAUCAAGAGAAAGAAGUAGGUGCUAGUCAAGAAGAUACAGACAAAUCUAAAGAAGCAGAGGGUGACUGGUUGAAGAAACUUACAGAUUUUGCUGGGUCCAUUGUUAAUGGUGCUGCAAAGUGGCUGAAUGACAACCUGUAG